GUGCCAUCGCAGUACAAGUGGGCAGCGUGUGGGUUCAGCCAGGAUGCACAAGGAUGCAGAAGCUACUUCUUCCCAGGGCAAACGUUACAGCCCCAGUAUGGUAACAGCAGAACUGCAGCAGCUGGCAGAAAAGCAAACAGCCUGUCAGUAUUCCCCACCAAGCCACAUGAGUCUUCUUACACAGCAGUUAACAAACCUGAACUUGGCAAGUGGAGCUAUAAGCAAGGGGAAUGCAGCUGCCCCACAGAGCUACCGCUCACCACUCAACAAAAGAGGGUCGUUGUGGGCUGUUCAGUCAGACACUCAUAUAGCUGACAAAAGAUCUGUCUCUUCAGCAGUCAGGGCUCCAGAGAAUCAUCAUUUUGCCUGGGAAGGAGAGAUGGAGAACAGUGUCUACAACAAGGUGACAUGGAGUCCGCUGGCACAUCCCAACUAUCAGCUCCAUUUUGCUGUGCAGCAGCUUCAGCAGCAGAAACAUCAAUCACGACAGCUGUUGGAGCAAAGCCAAGCCCGGCACCAGACUCUCUUUGCCAACUACUCGCAAUCCAGCACCAGCCAUGUAUCUAUGCCAGCUGGCUCUGAUGCCCAUAAGACAUCAAGUGCCACUUCUAGUGUCCAGAAGGCAGCCGGUUUGCACAAAGUGAUGCCAUCCCAGAGUACGCCUUCUCAGCUGGUUCCAAAGCCUCCAGCAAACCACAGGCAGGCAGUGGUCAGAAAGGCUGCAGCCCAGAGGAUUUCCAAGGUGACCUCCACUGAAAGGCAACUGAACAGAUUCCAGAACAGCCUUCACAGUGCUGCAUCCUGUGAGCCAGGGACAAAUUCCACAGCCUCUGCUUGCAGAGAAGGACUAACACUGAACACCAGGUGAGGGAUCCAGGGUGCUGCUUCAAGUAUGGGGCAAAGGAAGCAGCAGCAGUGACUCCAUACCACCACACUCCCAUAUAGAGUGAAGAGGAGGCCCUGGUGAGAGGACAACCUACUGAGGAGAGUACCUGAACAUUUGUGGAAGCUGGUGAUACACGUGCAAGCUGAGGUGAAUGAUUGCUUCUGAGAGCUUCUGCUGCUGAGUCUUGGAGUCCCUUUUUCCCACCUCUUCCUGAUCACUAUGAGAUCUUUCUAUAAGACAGAGGUCCUCCAGCUGUCUGUAUUGUUCUUCCUAAGGUUCAAGUUUGAACAUAAAGUCUCAUUUGCUCAGCCAUUUCAGUCUGUCCUAGUCUGGUAACAGCCAAGAUUCUCUGCUGUCAUCACAUGGCAACCAUCAGCAGAGGAAAAUAUUAGAACAUAUGACUGGACACAUCUGUGUUGGUUGCCAUCUUGAAUUUUGGCACAGAGCCAUAAACAUGAUUGGUUUGAAUAAAGUCAUUUCAUU